GGACUUUGAGGGCUGUGCCGCUCAGCAGCUAGAAUGUGGUUGGCAGUCUCCUCCCCUUCCUGCACUUGAGCUCUUCACAGUGUGCACUCUGGAAUGACAGGCAUUCCUAUGUGAAGAGAGCCAGCGUGAAGACAUAUUUGUGAGAAACACCAGUGCCUUGUCCGGGAUACAGGGAAACAGAAACUCCUGCGGAUUAACUGACUUCCUGCCAUUUCCUGAUGUCUGGCGGUGACACUGAGAGAGGAGUGCAUGUCCCCUCCUUACGUGGAUUUAUCGUUUAAGAAAAGUUCGCUUUGGUCGGGGACGAUUUGUUGUUGUGAGACACAUGAGACAACAUAAUCAUGGGGCAAGCUGACAUCUCCAGACCGGUAAAUCCAGAUGGAGUUGAAGAAGCAGGUCAGCCCACUGCAGACCCAGGCAUGGUCAUGGACAGUGUGGAAGCAGGAGACACAACACCUCCUACCAAAAGGAAGAGCAAGUUCUCAGGGUUUGGCAAGAUCUUCAAGCCCUGGAAAUGGCGGAAAAAAAAAAGCGAUAAAUUCAAAGAGACAUCAGAAGUUUUAGAGCGAAAAAUAUCUAUGCGAAAACCGAGAGAAGAGCUGGUUAAAAGAGGGGUUCUGUUGGAAGACCCUGAGCAGGGUGGUGAGGAUCCAGGGAAGUUGAGCCAUGCCACGUUAAAGAAUGGCCAUACCACCCCCAUAGGGAGUGCCAGAUCUUCUAGUCCAGUCCAAGUAGAGGAAGAACCAAGAAGAAUAGCAAGUCUUAAGAAGCCUAUUCCAGAAGAGGACCCAAAGAAGCGACUAGGCUCAACUGGAAACCAGCCUAAUUCUGAAGCAGAGUCCAUUCCUGAGAAUGUACCCAAACAGCCUUUACUUCCCCCUAAAAGACACUUGGCCUCUUCUCACGAAGCAAAUGAAGGGCAAGCAAAGGAUGCCACUUCCUCUGGCAGCACAGCAAGACCACUCUCCUCCACGCCCACCACUGCCAUCACCACAGCACCUGCUGCCACCACGGCUGCCACAAACCCAGCAAAAACUGUUAAUUCCUCUGUCCCCCCUUCCCAAGCACCCAGGACUCUGCCUGCUUCUUCUGCCAGCACUAACACUACUGCUACCCCGAGCCUCACUCAUACAGUUCCUGCCAAGCAGCCCCCUAUCCCUCCCCCUAAACCAGCUCACAGAAAUAGCAACCCUGUCAUUGCUGAACUAUCCCAAGCAAUAAACAGUGGUACGUUGUUAUCAAAGCUGUCCCCACCUUUACCACCUAAGAGAGGCAUUCCAUCAACUUUGGUACCCACCUCAGAGUCUGCUGCUGCCACUGCCACCACCACAAAAGCACCAAGUGAUCAGAAAGAGAAGAGCACAUGCUCUGUGGGCUCCGAACCCCUGCUGAUGAUCCCCCCUACCGCCCCAUCCCCCCCACUGCCUACUCAUAUACCUCCAGAACCCCCUCGGUCCCCUCCAUUCCCUGCUAAGACUUUUCAAGUUGUGCCAGAAAAUGAGUUUCCACCUUCCUUAGACCUACCCCAGGAGGUUCCCCAGCAGGAAAGUCAGAAAAGGGAAGUACCCAAGAGGAUGUUGGACCACAGCUUUGGGGAGCCCCAUGUACCCUCUAGGCUGCCCCAAGUCCCACUGCAUAUCCGAAUCCAGCAGGCCCUGGCCAGCCCACUCCCCAUGACUCCUCCCUUGGAAGGCUCUCAUAGAGCUCAUUCAUUGCUCUUCGAGAACAGUGACAACUUUUCUGAGGACAGCAGUACCCUGGGUCGGACCAGGUCACUUCCCAUCACUAUUGAAAUGCUGAAAGUUCCAGACGAUGAAGAAGAGGAGGAGCAGAUCCACAUAAUUGCAUUCGAUGCAGAUGUAGCAUCUACCUCAGUCAUUCCUAAACUACCGCAGUGUCUGCAGGAGGAAGAAGAAGGGAAAGAGAGUGACUCUGAUUCAGAAGGUCCUAUUCAAUACCGAGAUGAAGAGGAUGAAGAUGAAAGCCAUCAUAGUGCUCUGGCCAACAAAGUGAAGAGGAAAGACACACUGGCAAUGAAGUUGAACCACAGACCCAGUGAACCUGAAAUGAACGUGAAUUCUUGGCCUCGAAAAAGCAAAGAGGAGUGGAAUGAAAUACGGCACCAGAUUGGGAACACGCUCAUCCGACGACUGAGUCAAAGACCAACACCAGAAGAACUAGAACAACGAAACAUACUACAACCUAAAAAUGAAGCUGAUCGUCAGGCAGAAAAACGAGAGAUUAAACGUCGGCUCACUAGAAAGCUCAGUCAAAGGCCAACCGUGGCUGAACUACUUGCCAGGAAGAUUCUGAGGUUUAAUGAAUACGUGGAGGUAACAGAUGCUCAUGAUUAUGACCGGCGAGCUGACAAACCUUGGACCAAACUGACCCCUGCUGACAAGGCCGCCAUAAGAAAAGAAUUAAAUGAAUUUAAAAGCUCAGAGAUGGAAGUUCAUGAGGAGAGCAAACAUUUUACACGCUACCACCGUCCAUGAUGCUGAAGUUUGAGAGAGGAUCUAAGCAACCCCCUAAAACAGGGCUGCCUUGCUGCUUCAGUCUCCAGAGCGACAUGGAGGGAACUUCAGCACUUCUCAGCGCAGCCAGAAUUGAGUCCUCUGGGAUAUAGUUCUGGGGUGAACAGCACUUCUGUGAAUGUAGCAUUUCACUGGAAUGGAUUCUCAUACGCUGCCUUGGGCAAAGCUGAACACUUUGUCAGUGCUUUUGAACCUUUUAAUAUUGCAGCGUACCUGAGGGCUCUUCCCUCACCAGCCACCAAUGUUCUGAGUCACUUGCAGGUUCCAGGGUUUAUUGGCUGCACCUCACCCUCACCCACGAUGACUGCCUGUGCUGAGGCACAGUUUGCACGAUUAGGCUUACCUGCCCUGUCCUGUUGUGAGACCCACCUGUGUAGGCGCUAAAUUCUAGCCAUCACAUCUAGUUGGUGGUGGGGGAAACCUUCUGGAGGCCCCCAACCUUCUGGAAAAAGUGGCCCCCACCUCCAGGGGAAGCCUUCAUACCACACUGGCAUGUCAGCUGAAAGCACUGCACUAUACCUCUUCUGACACAGCAGGACAGUCCUCUUCAGGCAGUCCAGCCCAAGAGAAGCUCAGGAUCUGACAUGUUCUUCCUUUUGGCACAAGUCAUUCUGACUUUUAUCUGUAAAAAAAAGAAAGAAAUCUUGAAGAAAUGAUGGGAACUUAUGUUUUUCCUGUCUGUUAAACAGUCUGAGCUGCAACCAGAUUCCAAGUUGGGAAAAUGAGAAAGCAUAUAUGUUUUCUGUAUAUAAAAGCAAAACCAAAAAAGGCCUUUACAUUGAGGCUAACUUGGCAGAAAACUGACUCAUGGCUUAAAUUUUAUAGGCUAUUGUACUUUUGUUGUACCAAAUGAUACCCUAACUCAUUCUAACCAAGAGAUGUGUUUUCCCCCAUAAAACAGAGUUGCAGCAACUCUGGGAGCACUUGUGUGCUGUCAGCUCCACACUUCCAGCCAGAACACAGCAAGGUCCUGGGGAUGUGGAGUGCUAGAUAGAAAAAGGUCUUUGGAGAAGCAGUUAGGAGGGGCAAGAUCAUGACCCACUGCUCCUCUUUUCCUCAGUACUGUUUGCCUUCUCCUGCUGUGUGUUUUGUCUUAACUCCCAACACUGAUCUUCCUGCUGACCCUCUCUGGGAGCUUCCACCUCACUCACUCCUCUUCCAAGCUGUAGCCAGUGCAGCUGGUGCCUGGGCAUUGACUCAGGCCCCACUCCUUUUUGUAUGUGUAAUAUAUGUUAAUAUGAUUUCCUAAAACAGAAGAUUCAGUUGCUUUCUUUGAAUUUUUACUGAAAACCAUACAGCCUUACUGUUUCCCUCUAAUUCCUGUACAUUCUAAGUGGAAGGGAAAAAAAUAGUUUCUACUUAACUGAUGAAUGUGGCUUUUUCCCUUUAAUGUUCAGAAAAUUGUGGCUAUCUUACAGAUUUCUUCUGAUUUCUUCUGCAGUCCAUGUUGUUCUGUAUGUGAUCUUUAAGUGGAUUUUUCUCUUUUCCUCCUUUCAUGUCCAUGUAAGAUUUGCUGAACAAUCAGAAUAUCAGGUUAAAACAAAGCUAAAGUGACCUUAAAAGGUAGUAUCUUCCCUCCAUACGGGGAAUAGGGAGGUAUUUGGAUUUCUCAGUAAACGUCAAGUGCUUUAUGGCUGUGGAGAUACACUGGGCCCACAUCUCCUUCAAAUUCAUUAACAUUUGGUAUGACCAAGGGAAGAUAAGUGACAAUUCUACAAAGUUGUUAGAGGUCUGUAUAUAAGGUGGCCACACAUUAAGUGUUAACUUCUUCUAACCUUUCUGUCUUGUUGUUUUGGAAACUAUUUGGCUUAUGCCAGCAUCCUCUGUGGCUUCAGAUGACAUUUUUCAAACCCCUUUCAUGGCCUUCCUUUCCCUUAAUGUGCCAAGCUUGAAACAGGAUUUGAUUUCCCGAGCUACUUGUCUGCUUUCUAUGUGCCACCAAGGAAUCUAGUUCAUCUUUCAUCUCAUUCAUGUUCUUUUGAAGCAAGAUACUUUGGGAGUCAAGUCUUUCAGGUGUUUAUAUAAAUAUAUAUAUAAAGAGGAUUUUGUGUUCUCUUUCCGUGUAAGUAACAAUUCACAACCAUAAUGUAAAGAAGAAGUAAAAGCCUGUUGUAUUGUACUUCAAGAUGCUUCCCUGAUGUACAGAAUCUCCUUGUAAAAUAAAUAAUUGCAUUGUAAAUCAGUCUUCCUAUCAAUGUUAAUUAUUAAUGUAUUUUAGAAUUAAAAAAAGUUAUACUAUU